UAAGCGAAUGGCGUGUGCUCGUCCGGUUGUUUCGCUGAAAUAUUUCCAGUUCUGCAAUUGAAAUACCUGUUGUUUACUACGAUUCAUUGGAAAAAUGAGUGCAGGCAUGCUAUAUGGUGGGGACGAAAUAGGUGCUUUGGUGUUUGAUGUCGGUCAUUAUUCAUUGCGUGUGGGAUAUGCACAAGAAGACACUCCGAAAGCUGAGAUUCCGGCCGUCGUUGGGAUUUUAGAAGAAGCCGCACCACUUCCGUCGUCAAUAAAGGCAGAUAGUAUGGAGGUGGAUGACAAAAAGUCGGAUAUGACUCCGUCAAGUGCGAAAAAUAAAUAUUAUAUCGAUACUAAUUAUUUACAUGUUGCCAGACGAGGAAUGGAAGUCACGAGUUAUAUGAAGGAUGGAAUGAUAGAAGACUGGGAUUUAUUUGAAAAAGUUUUAGAUUAUACGUAUGCAAAAUGUAUUCAAUCGAAGUCUGUAUUUCAUCCAGUUUUAAUGUCAGAGGCACCAUGGAAUGUAAGGCAAAAGCGGGAGAAAUUAACGGAGCUCAUGUUUGAAAAAUAUGAAGUUCCAGCAUUCUUUUUGGUUAAAAAUGCUGUUCUGGCAGCAUUUGCAAAUGGACGAGCUACAGGAAUAGUUGUCGAUAGUGGUGCCACUCAUACAUCAGCUGUUCCAGUUCAGGAUGGAUUUGUUCUGUCACAAGCCAUAGUGAAAUCUCCCUUGGGAGGCGAUUACAUUACGAUGCAGUGUAAAAACUUUUUGCAGCAAGAAAGUGAAAUUGAAAUUGUACCACCAUACAUGAUUGGUGCAAAGGAAGCUGUGAAAGAACGCGAAAAAGCACGAUGGACACAGAAGAAAAAUCUCCCUGAAGUAACUCAAUCAUGGCAUAAUUAUAUGACGAAAAAAGUUGUACAAGAUUUUCAGGCAAGUGUUUUACAAGUUUGUGAGACACCAUAUGAUGAGAAGACAGUUUCCUCCAUUCCAACUGUUCAUUAUGAAUUUCCAAAUGGUUACCAUCAGGAUUUUGGCAGCGAGAGAUUUCUCAUUCCUGAGGCUUUAUUUGAUCCAAGUGUUGUACCAAUGCGAGCAGGAAUGGUUGGCAACACAAUGCUUGGUGUGGGUCAUAUUGUCACCACCAGUGUGGGCAUGUGUGAUGUUGAUGUCAGACCAUCCCUAUAUGGGAGUGUUGUUGUAACUGGUGGAAAUUCUUUCCUGCAGGGAUUUCCGGAACGUUUGAAUCGCGAUUUAUCAGUUCGUAUACCAUCAAGUAUGAGGCUGAAGUUGAUCAGUGCGAAUGGAUGUGCAGAACGUCGUUUUGGAGCAUGGAUUGGAGGUUCUAUUUUGGCCUCAAUUGGAACAUUUCAGCAAAUGUGGAUAUCAAGUCAAGAAUACAAGGAAGGUGGAAAGGGCCAGGUUGAGCGCAAAUGCCCAUAAAGAGAAUUUUGGUGUUCAAGAACCAUAUGUGUGUAAUUUAGUGAUUUGAUGCUGUGCAUUCAAAGAACGGAUGACCAGUUAUAAGAUGAAAAUAUUUUUUCAGUUGCAUGUAUUUUUGUCUCUCACUUCAGUGCUCAGAUUAGUAGAGAUGAAAAUGCAGUCACUUUUAACUUAGACCAAUCACUGUAUGUGCUGUUGUAAAUAUUAUUGAAGAAUUCUAUGAAGCAUCCUGAGUUUAGAACUGGAUGUUCUGGCACCGGUGAUGCCAAAUCACCAUUUAAUAUUUUCAUGAGUCCUGAGAACUUAGUGUAUACAUUUAAAUUUUUGCCUUAGUUAUUUUAUUGAGUAUCUUAACCCAACUCAAUUGUUUAUUUUUUAAACAAUAUAUAUUGAAAUUUCUCCUAACAAAUAUGGAAAAUUAUUUCUAGAGUGACCAGGUUCUGUUGCAUUUUUAACUUUCCACUGUGAUCUAAAAUAGCUGAUAGUACGACAUGUAAGAAAAUAAUAUAAUUUUAGGUUUUGCUAUAUUUUAGGAUGGGGAUUUUUUCUUUAAUAUUAGAAAUUGUUCUACAAAAAUACUCUUGAUGCUUCAUAGCAUGAAUGUCAUAAUAAACAUUGAAAUUGUAUAUCUGGAAUUACGAAUGUGAUCUCUAGGGAUUGAUUUUUGAUUGUAAAGUAUAGUGUUAACGGAUAUUUGUCUUGUGGGGCAAAAAUUCAUUUUCUAUGUAUGUUUCUAUGUAUGUGAGAAAUAAACACAAUUUACAAGCUUUCUUAUAAAUCAGAGGGCUUGUGAACAGAAUACAUC